AUGUAUCACCAUUACACAGUCUUAUUUCUGUUUGCUUCAGACAACACCAGUUUCACAAUGGGCUCCAUCAGUGCAGCAAAUGCAGAGUUUUGUUUUGAUGUUUUCAAAGAGCUGAAAGUCCACCAUGCCAACGACAACAUCUUGUAUUCCCCACUGAGCAUCAUUGCAGCCCUGGCCAUGGUCUAUCUGGGAGCAAGAGGUAACACUGAGUAUCAGAUGGAGAAGGUUCUUCACUUUGACAAAAUUGCAGGACUUGGAGGAACUAUUCAGACCAAGUGUGGCAAAUCUGUGAAUAUCCACAUACUGUUUAAAGAACUCCUCUCCGAUAUCACUGCACCAAAAGCCAGUUAUUCACUCCACAUUGCCAACAGACUCUAUGCUGAAAAGACAUGUUCAAUCCUACCGAUCUACUUAAAAUGUGUGAAGAAACUGUACAGAGCAGGUCUGGAACUAGUCAACUUCAAAACAGCAUCAGAUCAGUCCAGACAGCUCAUUAAUUCCUGGGUGGAAAAUCAUACAAAUGGACGGAUUCAAGAUUUCCUUAAACCAGGCUCUGUUGAUCUUGAUACUAUGCUGGUCCUUGUGAAUGCCAUUUACUUCAAAGGGAUAUGGAAGGCAGCGUUUAAAGAAGACAACACUCGGGAAUUUCCCUUCAGUGUGACAAAGCAAGAAAGCAGACCUGUGCAAAUGAUGAGCCAGAACAGCACCUUCAAAGUGGCAGCGGUGGCUGCAGAGAAAGUGAAGAUCCUGGAGCUUCCGUAUGCAGGCGGAGAGCUGAGCAUGUUGGUGCUGUUGCCUGAUGACAUCUCUGGCCUGGAGCAGCUUGAGAACAAAAUCAGCUUUGACAAACUCGUAGAAUGGACCAGUCCCAAUGUGAUGGAAAAGAAGAGAGUGAAAGUGUACCUCCCACGCAUGAAGAUUGAGGAAAAAUAUAACCUCACAAGUGUCUUGACGGCCUUGGGUAUGACCGACCUGUUCAGCCCUUCAGCCAAUCUCUCUGGCAUCUCUUCAGCAGAGAGCCUGAAGGUGUCUGAGGCCGUCCACGAGGCGUACAUGGAAGUCAGUGAAGAGGGCACCGAGACGGCAGGCUCGGAGGGUGUGAUGGGAGACAUUGAACAGUCCUCUGAGUCUGAAGAGUUUAGGGCUGACCACCCAUUCCUUUUCUUAAUCAAACACAAUCCAACCAACAGCAUUCUCUUCUUUGGUAGAUAUUGUUCCCCCUAAAGAAAGAAAGCUGAAAGUAAUGCUUACCUUCCCCUCAGAAACAGACCCCCUUUACUGUAGUAUUGUAGUAUCAUCUCAUCUCUUCAAUAUCUUUUCCAAGUGGAAAGCCUAAUCUAAGAAAUGCGCUUUGUGGAAGCUUCCAUUGCAGAGACCUACCUCCAGGUGAGGAAACAGCAGCAAGCACGAUUACUCCUUUCCCUUCUCAGACUGGUUUCAGGAUUGCUUGAGCUGAGCACAGACAGCCAACAGAGAACAGAGGCACCCACCAGCCAGGAAGGGCCCAAGUGAUUUUCACUUGAGAAACAAGUUGCAGGUAGGGUUUCAAGUAAUCUUUUGGAGUCCUUGAUGUAGAAAGCCGUGGGUUGCACUCAUCCCAUUCUCCAGCAGCAUCCUUCUCACAAACCCAUGUUGUUGUUCCUGAAACAUUGGGUUUGAGAUCUCCAGUCUGGAGGAGAUGCUUGUGGAUAACAUUCAGAUAUGCAGGUUAUUAACUGGUACCUAUGUAAAUUCUAAUUUUCUUUACUUAGCUGUUGGGAAAUGGUGUAGACAUCCACUAUGACAAGAGUUGUUCUCUCACCAUGACUUCCUCACUUAAUUUUGAAUUUCUUGCAGAAGUUCUCAAAAGUCAUGGAGAGUCUCCCUUCCACUUCAGAGAACACAAAUAAAUCUAACUAUCUGUAGGUGCAGUUGUGCCUUCUCACAGAGUGUAGAUUCACAGCCUGAGACAUGGAUAUCCAGAUGGUCCAGAUGAUCCAGAAGUCAGUGAGAACUGCCAGGCAAGAGAGCUGUCUGAAUUCUUGUUUAAAACAUUGGAAGACACUUCAAAUUUGAAAACAUUGUGAUUUUUGUGAAAAAUCCUGCAAGUGAUAUUAAAGAAUCUGAUUUCUCCAUGGAAGUUUUGUGAAAAAACACAGCUUUCAAAAUAAUCUGUCUCUGUUGAGUUAGCUUAUGAAGUAAACUUGAAGCAGUCCCUGGAAAGCCCUCAGGUGAAGUUCAAAACCAGAGUACAUUAUUCUUCUAUGAAUGCAGCUGGGCUUCUUUGUUCCUACAUCUCUUUUAAAAAGAAGGCUACACCUCUUCUUGUUAAGAAAUACAUGAGAAUCUUAAUACUGUCUCUUUUUCUUCCUGUGUGUUGGUUGCCGUCUGCAAAUAUGGGUAUAUUGGCUCAGUACUAUGUCCUGUUUUCAUUCUAAUCAUAUGCAUACAAUUGAUUUUUUUGGUUAAUGUAA